AUGUUCAUUGAGAACUUUUCGCCUACCUCGCCUACGAAGCGAGCAUGGCCUCUUACUGCUGUCUAUCCCCGCCCCAUUCCCAACUCCUACUGGGCGACACCCCUGUUGCUCGCGUGCGAAUACCCAUGGACACCGAAAGUACUCAUUCCCUGUCGCCAGAAGCUCGACGCUGUGCUCAAAGCUGGCGUACGCACAUUCAUUGAUCUUACAGAGUGCGGGGAACUUUCCCCCUACGCAGACCAUCUAUCUCGUCGCGCAGCUGCACUCGGAAUCGAUACCUCCACUCUCGAAUACCACCGCUUUCCCAUCCGAGACCGAUCACUCCCGGAGUCGGUGGACCACAUGUAUCGCAUUUUCGAUGUGCUUCGAGACAACGAGAAGCGCGGGCGAAUCAGCGCGGUUCAUUGCCGGGGUGGAAUCGGCAGAACUGGGUUGGUAGUUGGCUGUUGGCUGGUCCAAAGUGGCGUUGCAAAGGAUGGUCCAGAGGCAUUGAGCAUCAUCGCGAGGGAAUGGAGGACGGUAGAGAAAUGCAAGAGGUUCCCACAUAGCCCGGAAACAGGCCCACAAUUCGAAUUCGUACGUGAUUUUCAACGUUCAUCUGGUAAUGCUUCGGCAUAA